CCGCUAAUAGGACGCGGAGCGGGAGGCGCCUGCGCAGUACAGCGGGGGGCGGGGCAGCGCGGAGCAGCCACCGACGGACAGCGGCGAGGGCAGGACCCGCAGUGCCAGCGCCCGGCCCCGAGGCAGCGCCAGGGACUCACCCCGGAACAGCCCCCCCGCCAUGCUCGUCCUGCCCCCCGCCCUCACGGAGGAGGAGGAGGCCCUGCAGAAGAAGUUUGCUAAGCUGAAGAAGAAGAAAAAGGCUCUUCUGGCUCUAAAGAAGCAACAGAGUUCGACCAGCCAGGCCAGCCAGGGAGGCAUUAAACGCUCCAUCUCGGACCAACCGGUGGUGGACACGGCCACGGCCACGGAGCAGGCCAAGAUGCUGGUGAAGACGGGAGCCAUCAGCGCCAUCAAGGCGGAGAACAAGAACUGCGGAUUCAAGCGCUCGCGGACGCUGGAGGGGAAGCUGAAGGACCCUGAGAAGGGACCAGCCCCCACCUUCCAGCCCUUUCAGCGCAGCCUGUCAGCCGAUGACGAAUGCCAGGAGUCCCGGCGCCCCCAGCGGAAAUCCCUGUACGAGAGCUUCGUGAGCUCCAGCGAGCGCCUGCGGGAUCCCGAGAAGGAGCCGGAGGACGAGCGGGACCUUGAGAAGGAGCCGGAGCGCGGCGAGGGGCUGCACACCUUUGAGUGGGACUACGACCGGGACCGCAGCCGGGAGCGGAGCCGCGAGAGGGACCGGGACCGCGAGCGGGACAGCAGCUUCCGCAGGUCGGACUCGUUCCCGGACCGCCGCGCCCCGCGCAAGGGGAAUACGGUUUACGUGUACGGCACCGACAUGACCCAGAGCCUCCUGCGCGGAGCCUUCUCCCCCUUCGGCACCAUCAUCGACCUCUCCAUGGACAACCCCCGCAACUGCGCCUUCGUCACCUAUGAGAAGAUGGAGUCAGCGGAUCAGGCCAUCGCUGAGCUCAACGGGGCCGUGGUUGAGGACGUGCAGCUGAAAGUCAGUAUCGCCCGCAAGCAGCCCAUGCUGGACGCGGCCACUGGGAAAUCUGUCUGGGGAUCACUGGCCGUGAAGAACAGCGCGAAGGGCUCCCACCGGGACCGGCGCCCGCAGGUGGUCUACAACGAGGACCUGUUCUGAGCCCGGGGGGGGGGGGGCUCGUUAGCACCUUAAUAAACCCACUGAAACAGCAU